AUGCGGCUCAAGGACUCGUCCAAGUACUUGUGCUUGAGCAUCCUGCUCUACAGGAUAUCGCUUCUCGCCUUCCUUAUUGCCACCCUCUCGACCUUCUCCGAAGCCUCACCCCGGAUGCUUGUCUCCUCUUCCUCUGAUAUCCGUCAUAUCCCUUCACUCAACGACCACCUUGCCGCCGCCCCACCUCCACCACCAGCCCAUAUCCCUCCACCACCACCGUCCAACUCUGGAGGAGGUGGAGGAAACGCAGGUGAUAACAGACGCAAACCCAUCGUUAUCUCCUCUUCCAAUGGUGCCCACCACCAUAAACAUACUAGCGGUGGGAGUUCUUUGGAGAUCGACUUGUUGAGCAACAGGAACUUCAACAACAACAACAACAAUCGACCACAUCCUACACCUGCCAAAGGAAACCCGGUGCCAAAGUCUCAUCACCAAAAGCGAGCACCUAUCCCGUUCGCCGAAUACCGGUUGACACCCCUGGCUCUCCUGACGACCGUUGAUGGCGAUUUGCAUUGUAUCGAUACCAAGAACGGCGAGGUUGUCUGGACUCGGUCACCCAAGGGCGUUGGUGCGGUGGUGUCGAGUAACGUCACAAAGGUGAUUAAUCGAGACUCGCCCAUGACUGGCGGUGUCGAUACUGGUACGACCUCUGGGCUAGGAACUGAUGCUGGACAUGAAAUCCUUGGAGGCCGCACUGGUAUUAACGACGAGGCAGAUGGUCCCUUGGCCUCCGACAACAGUGGUGCGACCGGCGGUGCGGCUGGUGCAAGUGGUCCAAAGUACAUCAAGGAUGACUGGACGUUUAUUGUUGAACCCUCGGAGAAACCGAGCUUGUAUGUCUAUACAAAGGCUACAGGACUACAGCGUGUAGGGUCGCUGAUGAAUCUUGUGACAAAGGCUCAGAUCCUGUCAGACGGGAUGAGGAUUACUGGAAGCCGCAAGACAAGUCUACUGGAGCUCGACAUCUCUACAGGAGAAGAAGUCAACGCCUUCAUGGCCGAAGGUGGGUGCACGGCCCCAGAAGGAAUCAAAGGAUCAGAGCGCACCGUCGUGCUUGAGCAAGCAGAAUACACGCUAUUGAUUCUGGAUCCCCUUUCUGGCAUGAAGUGGGAAAUCUCAUACAGAGAGCUCAACCCAACAUCCAACGAACGUACGGAUCUGGAACGGAAGGAUCUAAGGAUUGUCAUUGGAAGCAACAAGGAGGGUGUUGUCGCGUUGCUGAACCAAGCUGCUGGAGUGGUUCUCUGGAGGACGGCACUCAAAUCGCCAACAACGGCUGUCUUUGACGUCUACAUGAGCACUCGGACCAAAGAAAUCUCUCUUGCUCGCCAACCCACGGAACUUGGACAGCGCUCGUUCGACGCUAAUAUCGGCAUCUACGAGGACCAACUCUACGUCCUCUCUCACAACAACUACCCCCUUCUGCAGAAGGAUGACUUGAGCUCGGGACCUUUACCUCGUCUGACAAUUGGAGGUUCUGGCGAAGACGGCGAUGAAUACGAGUCAGGAGACGAUACCACUGAUGAUCAGUGUAAACCCGGGACGUCACAGUACCAACGGUGCCUAGUUGGCAAAUACACGAUUGUGCGGCAACUGCCACCGGGUGGACAGCCUACACUGGAUGCACCAAUACUCAAUGGCCCGACGGAUGACUUGUUUCCAAAGGAGCGCAAGAUCUCGACAAUGACGACGGUGGUCGGCUGGGCUGUUAUCUUGAUCGGCAUCUUCACCGUGAUUGUGUAUGCCAAGGGUACUCAGUACUUGACCAAGCCGGUCGACACGUUUUUGGAGGAGCACAGUGUCCCGUUCAGGGUCGAUACCCUCGCCAGGGCCGUGACGAAUGGUGUGGUGGCGAUGAAUUCAGCAGCCCAUGCUGCUGGGUCUGCGUUGGGCAUCACUUCUGGACAUGGGGCUGGCGGAGGGGCCUCUCAGGAAGUCCUGCCUGAGUACAACGACAAAUCGACUUUUAACAUGACCCAGACUUCGAUGGAGCGACUUGCGGAUGGACUUGUGAUCCAGGACCGGGCGCUGGACGAGAAGCCAGACAAGAGUGGCAAGAAGGGACCUCGCAACAACAAAGCGACUGAUCAGGAUGGCGUGGACAGCAAGACCAAGGAAGCCAACGGUGGUGGAGGUGGUGGUGGACGCAAGAAGAAGAGAGGUGGAGGAGGCAAAAAGGCGGCUGCUGCUGCUGCUGCUGCUGCUGCGGCAACCGCGACUACACCAGGAACUGAGGGUGAAGGAGCAACACCAUCAACAGAUGCCAACAAAUCGACAAUCGCAGACGCGGAAAAGAUGGAUGGCUCAAAUUCGAGACCAUUAUCAACAUCAACGGCCGGAAGUGCAACCGCAGUGGAGAGUUCGCAGGAGUUGAGUCCAGUCGGCCUCACCGAUUUGACGCGCUCCCCCCGAGUCACAUCUACGCCACUGUUGAAGUCGAUUUCGGUCACGGAUACGAUUCUGGGAUAUGGAAGCCAUGGAACAGUGGUGUACAGGGGUCAAUAUGAUGGACGGCCUGUCGCUGUGAAGCGGUUGCUGAUCGACUUUUAUGAUGUUGCGUUUCAUGAAGUCAGGCUCCUCCAGGAGAGCGACGAUCACCCGAAUGUCGUGCGAUACUUCCGAAGUGAACAAUGCGAUCGGUUCUUGUAUAUUGCGCUGGAACUGUGUUCGGCAUCAUUGGACGACAUUAUCGAACGUGGACACAUGCAGCCGUUCAGGGAUCUGUCGGCCACAUUGGAGCCUCAAAAGAUCCUUUACCAGAUCGUCUCUGGUGUUCACCACCUCCACAGUCUCAAGAUUGUUCAUCGGGAUAUCAAGCCUCAAAACAUUCUGAUUGGCGAGCCCAAACAACGACCCAAGCCCUCCAAGACCAGCGGCUCUUCGUCCUUCUCAAGUACAGGAAUCAUCACCACCCCUCCACCACCCAAACCUUCUCUCGGAUCCAGCGGAAUGAUCACCAGCAUAGUCCGGGCGAAUGCCUCACCAGCGGUCGAGAUGUAUCCCGGCAGGGUGCUGAUCUCUGAUUUCGGACUGUGUAGGAAGCUUGAGAAUGACCAGUCUAGUUUCCAUAACACAACAAUGCAUGGAGGUCGGGGCGCUGGCGGUGGAGGAACGAUUGGAUGGAGAGCACCCGAAUGCUUCUCGGGUGCUGAACAGCAGGACGCGGACGAUUCUCAUUCCUCGUCGAGCCUUGGCGCAGGCGUCGGGGGCGGCAACGGGAAUGGCAACGUGAUUGGACGGGCCAACAGGAUGACGAGGGCGAUCGAUAUCUUCUCAACGGGCUGUGUGUUCUACUAUGUCUUGACGAAUGGUGACCAUCCCUUUGGAGACCGGUACUCCCGAGAGCGCAACAUCCUGAUGGACCAACCGGACCUGAGCGGACUGGAUUCGAUGGGUCAGGAGGGCGUUGAGGCCAAGGAUCUGAUCUCGAAGAUGAUUGCACACAACCCUGCGGAGCGGCCGGACGCGUUCAUGGUGAUGCAUCACCCGUUCUUUUGGUCGGCCAAUAAGCGGUUGAUGUUUAUGCAGGAUUGCUCGGAUCGGUUUGAGAUUGAGGAUCGGGGCGAUGCUGCGACUGCUGCUGCUGCUGCGGGUGCCGAGUAUGUGAGUCCGUUGCUGGCCAAGCUGGAACAUAAUGCGAUGGAUGUGUUGGGGAAGGACUGGUAUAAGGUGCUUGAUCGGCAUUUCAUUGAGAAUUUGGGAAAGUACCGCAAAUACCAAGGAAACAGCGUCCGCGAUCUCUUGCGCGCCCUCCGCAACAAGAAACAUCAUUACCAAGAUCUGCCGCCGCAUGUGAAGCGGGCUCUGGGAGACCUGCCACACGGGUUCUUGAACUAUUUCACGUCACGGUUCCCAAAACUCAUGCUACAUCUGUACUAUAUUGUGGCGGACGAUCCUAACCUAAGGAACGAGAGCAUGUUCAAGCAUUAUUUCGUAGACUGA